CUUAGUGUUUAAGGUAAGCACUGUAACUAUAUAAUGAAAAGAAAGACUGUCAGAAACACUGUCAGAAAAUGGCUGAUAAGUGUGAUCUGUGUCUGCUGGGACUGAUCAUUCUCUCUUCACUUCUCACAGGUACCAGUGGGGUGACUGAUCCUCAUGUGUUCAUCAGUUCUGGUGAAAAUGUCUGUCUGCCCUGUAAUAAUGCUCUUCCUGACUGCAACUCAACUACAUGGAUCUAUAACAGAUUCAGACAUUCAGCAGCAGUUGAACUGAUUAUUAAAGGGAUAAAGAAGAAAAAUACAGGGAGACAUGAGAGACUGAGCCUGGGGUGUGACUGCUCUCUGAACAUCAAGAACGUCACAAAAGAAGAUUAUGGAUUUUACACCUGUAGACAAUAUGUGAAUGGACAAAAACAAGGAACUGAUGCACGUGUUUUUCUGCCUGUUCUUCAUGUUUCAGUCUCUCCAUCUCCAUCAUCAUCCUCACAGACUAAGAUCAGUCCAGGCUGCCCUGUGACUCUCUCCUGUCAGUUGUAUUCUAGAUUCUCCUGUGAUUAUUUGGUCCUUUCUGAGGGUCUUCAGCUGUUGUGGGUGAAUCAGGCUGGUGUUGAUCUGAAGACAGACUCCAGAUAUAAGAUAUUAUUCUCAUCAUAUCACUGUAACAUCAGUCUGACUACAACACUCCUGAAUGAAGAUGACAACAAAGAGUGGAGAUGUCAGCUUACUCUCAGAAAUCAAGUCAAGACCUCAGCCAGAUACACUGUCAAGUAUUCAGGUACCGGUGGAGCGGAUGAUGCUCAUGUGUUCAUCAGUUCUGGUGAAAAUGUCCGUCUGCCCUGUAAUAAUGCUCUUUCUGACUGCAAAUCAACUACAUGGAUCUAUGGCAGACAUUCAGCAGUAGUUGAACUGAUUGGUUUAGGGAUAAAGAAGAAAAACACAGGGAGACAUGAGAGACUGUGUCUGGGGUCUGACUGCUCUCUGAACAUCAAGAACGUCACAGAAGAAGAUUAUGGAUUUUACACCUGCAGACAAUAUGUGAAUGGACAAAAACAAGGAAAUGAUGCACGUGUUUUUCUGCAUGUUCUUCAUGUUUCCUCAUCAUCAUCCUCACAGACUGACAUCAGUCCAGGCCGCUCCGUGACUCUCUCCUGUCAGUUGUAUUCUGGAUUCUCCUGUGAUCGUUGGCUCCGUUCUGAGGGACUUCAGCUGUCGUGGGUGAAUAAGACAGGUAUUGAUCUGAAGACAGACUCCAGAUAUCAGAUAUCAUCAUAUCACUGUAUCAUCACUCUGACUUCAACACUCCUGAAUGAAGAUGACAACAGAGAGUGGAGAUGUCAGCUUACUCGCAGAAACCAACUCAAGACCUCAGUCACAUACACUGUCAAGUAUUCAGGUACCGGUGGAGUGAAUGAUGCUCAUGUGUUCAUCAGUUCUGGUGAAAAUGACCAUCUGCCCUGUAAUAAUGCUCUUUCUGACUGCAAAUCAACUACAUGGAUCUAUGACAGACAUUCAGCAGUAGCUGAACUGAUUGGUUUAGGGAUAAAGAAGAAAAACACAGGGAGACAUGAGAGACUGAGUUUGGAGUCUGACUGCUCUCUGAACAUCAAGAACGUCACAAAAGAAGAUUAUGGAUUUUACACCUGCAGACAAUAUGUGAAUGGAGAAAAACAAGGAGCUGAUGCACGUGUUUAUCUGCAUGUUCUUCGUGUUUCCUCAUCAUCAUCCUCACAGACUGACAUCAGUCCAGGUCGCUCUGUGACUCUCUCCUGUCAGUUGUAUUCUGAAUUCUCCUGUGAUGAUUUGGUCCGUUCUGAGGGACUUCAUCUGUCGUGGGUGAAUCAGGCUGGUGUUGAUCUGAAGACAGACUCCAGAUAUCAGAUAUCAUCAUAUCACUGUAUCAUCACUCUGACUACAACACUCCUGAAUGAAGAUGACAAAAGAGAGUGGGGAUGUCAGCUUACUCUCAGAAAUCAACUCAAGACCUCAGUCAGAUACACUGUCAGAUACAUUUCUUAUUAAUCAUUAUUCACUAACAUUCCUUUUUCUGCAUGAUUAACAUUCGAAUGCUUUUGAGAACAAAAUGUUCUAGUACUUGGCUAAAGUGUUGUAAUAACAGAUGCAGAUUAAAAGAAUAGACAGCUGUCUGUAUAUGACCAUGACUUAAACAAGCUGAGAUGAUAAAAAAAAAUCAAAUUUUCUUUCUCUGCUUAGAAAUAGAAGAGGGAUUUUGCUGAAAUGCAUAUAUGAAGAACCAGUCAUAUUAGAGAAAAAUUAUGUAAUUGAAUCUUUGCCAUGCAUCUAUUCUAUAUAAACUGUUGAACUCUUUUUGUGGUGAGGAUUCUCUGUGAUCUUUGUGAGAUCCUCCCGACUGUGAUUAAAGCAUAUUCAGAGGCGU